GCAUCGGUUAGCUGAGGUGGACUUCUUCCCUUCUGUCUGAGAGAACAGAGACCAGAGCAGAGCAGCAGCUGGAGCUCAGCAACAAACAGAGAAAUAACCUCCACAACUCCACCAUGAUCCGGAUAGCCGCCUUCCUCGCCCUGCUGGCGGUCGCCUGCUCCGCAGAGAGCUGCACGGAGCCGGUGAUCACCCCGUCGGCCUACACCACCAAUGACGCCGUCAUCUCCUCCGAGUCUGUGUUCAUCGUGGAGCUGAGUCUGGCCUGCGCCAACGGAGCUCAGAGUGUGACUCUGUAUGCUGAUGUCAAUGGAAGACAGUUCCCUGUGACCAGAGGCCAGGAUGUUGGCAAGUACCAGGUGUCCUGGAGUCUUCCUCACAAACAGGCCAGCUCUGGAACAUAUCAGGUCAAAUUCUUCGAUGAGGAGUCCUACAGCGCCCUGCGCAAGGCCCAGAGAAACAACGAAGAUGUGAAUGCCAUUCAGCCUCUGUUCUCCGUCAACAUUGAUCACAGGGGUGCAUGGAACGGCCCCUGGGUGUCUACUGAGGUGGUGGCGGCCCUCAUCGGUAUCCUGGUCUACUACAUGGCCUUCAGCGCUAAGAGCACCAUCCAAGCAUAAACGAUUCUCACACAGAUCGUUUAAAAAGACUGAACUCUGGUGGAUCUCAGCCAGCGGUCCAUCAUCCAGCGUCGUGGCGAGCCGAGAGGAUUUCGCCACUUGAUCUGCUUUGGGACGAGGAGCAAAGAGCAGCAGUCUUUGUGUUUUUUUAUUCAGACUGUGUCUGAAUGCAUCAGUCUUAUCAAUUUUUUCAGAUGAAUUUCGUCACGAGUUUGUCUUGUCAAUAUCCAAGGAAUUUUGUAAUUUUUUGAUAAAGCCAAAACAAUAAACCUGGAUUGCAUAAAUUAAAAUAUAAAUUAUGUUCUGCUGUAAAAGAUGUUGACAACACAAUCCUUUGUCCCUCUGUUUUAUGCACUGGCAGCAACAGAGACCUGGAUGCAGAUAUGAGAAGUCAUUAGUGUGGCUGCACUGGCUGGACUCAACAGGUCUGGUGUAUUUGUCUCUUCCAGUUAAUUGAAUAAACGGCUUGUUUUUCUUCCA